AUGUUGCCUUCGACAGUCCAGCGCACACCAGACGGGAACUGUAGUUUUUUUUUUUUUGCGGCGACGUUUAAUACGCACGUUGGGGUAAAACUACAAAGCCCAGGCCGCGAGGAGUUUCCGGUUUCCGGCAUAACCGGCGUCAUUUCCGGCCAAACAACUGGCGGGACUUCUGCGGGGCUGUGGAAGAGCAGGCUGUCGUUAUCAGUUAAAAUCGUGUUUUUGAGCGACACGUCGGACACAAUCCCCACAACAAUGAUGGCUACGAACGGAACAGGAGAGUGCGGAUUAAAAGACGACGUGUCGCCGGUGUCUUCAAACGGCUCGGCGGCGGCGAACGGAGCGGCCGCGUGGGCAUCAGCCGGCCCCGAGCUGCGGAACGGAGCGGCGGCGGCGGCGGAGCCGGGCAAGUUCACCUUCACCCCCGCGCCCACCAUUGAGGACAUUCGGCGCAUGCAGGCGGAGUUCACGGACGAGCGCGCCUGGAACCAGUUCCACCAGCCCCGCAACCUGCUGCUGGCCAUGGUCGGGGAGGUGGGCGAGGUGGCCGAGCUCUUCCAGUGGCGGGGGGAGGUCGCCGAGGGCCUGCCCGACUGGAGCGAGUCGGAGCGGGAGCGGCUGGCGCAGGAGCUCAGCGACGUGUUGAUCUACCUGGUGGAGCUCGCCGAGAAGUGUCGCGUGGACCUUCCCCAGGCGGUGCUGCGCAAAAUGGCCCUGAACCGAUUGAAAUACCCCGCCAGCAAGGUGCACGGCUCGGCCAAGAAGUACACCGAGUACAAGGACUGAGUGUGGCUGUUUGCAGACAACCGAACGCGGCUGCUGCAGCUGCUGUCCACUCCACUACCAGUUCAACCGCAGUCUACUGUUAUAGAACGUUUUUUAAUAGUUUGGUUCAAAUGGCUUUUUUUCUGGGUUGCGUGUUACAGAACUAUAUGAAUGCUCUUCCUGUGGAUGCCCUGUUCCCCUACUGUACCUCAACAUGCAGAGCUGCAUUCAGCAGGCCAGGCACUUGAGGGAUAUGGAGUUUUUUUAUUGAGCUUAACUUUUAAAAUCCUGCUCUAGUCUAAUCAUUGUGUCAAUUCCAGGCCUUGCAUACUAUUUUUAUAGAGAGAACAGCACUGUUGUACAGUUGUUAAGGAAGUAUUGGGAAGAAAAUAUUUCUCACUGAACUUUUAUAGCUUGGCUCCUGUUUGGGAGUGAAAGAAGAGAAAUUGUGUUGUUGGUUUUUAUCUAUUCCUAUUGCAGAUGAUCUUGUAAUAGUAAAAGCUGCUUUAAUUCCC